ACUUAGGAGAGGCAGCCAGCGCGGCACGGAGCGAAGGCGGCAGCGCCCCGGGGCGAGCGAGCGAGUCUGAGCUGGUGCGCGCCGUCGGAGAAGGCGAAAACAAGAGGAAGAGAAAGAAAGAAAGGAAGAAAGAAAGAAAGAAAGAAAAAGAAAGGAAGAAAGAAAGAAAGAAAGAAAGAAAGAAAGAAAAAAAGAAAGAAGCAAGCAGAAGGAAAAGAAGGAAAAAGGAAGAAGAGCAAGCAGAAAGGAAGGAAGGAAGGAAGCAGAAAGAAAAGGAAGGAAGGAAGGAAAGAAAGAAGGAAAGAAGCAAGCAGAAAGAAAGGAAGGAAGGAAGCAGAAAGAAAAGGAAGGAAGGAAGGAAGGAAGAAAGAAAGAAAGAAAGAAAGAAAGAAAGAAAGAAAGAAAGAAAGAAAGAAAGAAAGAGAAAGAAAGAAAAGAAGAAAGCAAGCAAAGAAGGAAGGAAGGAAGACAGGAAAGGAAAGGAGGGUCGAGACUGCGGGCCGAUGGGUCUCCCGCCGUGGACCCCCCUGCUCGGUCUCUGCUGCGCCCUGAGCCUGGUGUCCGCGCAGAGACACACGGUUUUCUGGAACAGCACCAACCCCAAGUUUCAGAAGGAAGAUUACACCGUUGAGGUGCGCCUCAAUGACUAUUUGGACAUCAUCUGUCCGCAUUAUGAGGAUAGCAACAUCCCCGUCCAUUCCAUGGAGCGAUACACCUUGUACCUGGUUGAACGGGAGGAAUACAACACCUGCAAACCACGGUCUAAGGAUCAAGUCCGUUGGCAGUGCAACCGGCCAGACGCCCUGCACGGUCCCGAGCGGCUCUCCGAAAAAUUCCAGCGUUUCACGCCGUUCACCCUCGGCAAGGAAUUUCGGGAGGGCCAUGAAUAUUAUUAUAUCUCAAAACCGAUUCACCGGCAUCGAGACUCCUGUCUUAAAUUGAGGGUGAAGGUGAUUGGGAAGAAAACUCUGAUACCACCUGGCCACAUCCCGACGCAAAAGGGGACUCUCCAAUCAGACGAUCCGGACGCCCCGAUGUUGCGCAGCGUGGGGUACAAUUCCGCCCCACGGCUCGGCAGCCCGCUGCCCUUCAUUGGCCUCUUGCUGUGGGUCUUCCUCUCUCGGGGGCCCUGAAGGGACUCUUGGCUCCCCCCUCCAAUGAACCCCCGGAUUGAACCAGGCAGGGUGGAUUCCGACGAGGUGACCACGCGGCGAGUGAGACGGCAACGUGGUAUCUUCAGGGUUACCGACACUGAAACCGUUGGUAGCGCAUGAGGCGCGAGGAAGCGCAGCGCACGUCGCGGGUGUGGUAAGGAUAGCGUGGAAAUCGCCUCUUGUUCUCGAGAGAUGCCAUUUGGACUCCCGGUGCGAGAAAACCAACGUGGUGAGUGGACGACGUGUCCUCCGCAGGUCGGAGACGUAUCCUUCGCGAGUCUGAGACGCCGAGGAUCUUUCUGAAGUUUGAUGGACAUUGUUGGACUUUUCGAGGAAACUUCAUCGGACUUUUCGAGCAAGAUAUGAUACGGACUGCUUCCUAAACCACCCACUCCCAUCCUGGACUUACAAGACUUUGUGAAUAAUUUAUCGGACUUAAAACAGGCAGGACCUGAAUUUGGGGAAGAUCCCCCACGCCACUCCGUGACUCAGAUUUUUGUCCCCGCGAUCCAAACAGGAAGGCUGUGUCCCAAAGAUACCGAUUUAAGAACUUGGAUCGAUACUAUUUAUUGGAAGGGAAAAAAGUGCGUGACAAACCCAGCAAGGAUUUUCAAUUUCGAACGAGACAUUUUUAUAUCUACGUAUAUGUAUAGGAUGAAUUUAGGACAUUCGCUUCGGGGUUUUCGAUCCGAAAGGGUGGAAAAUUAUCUUUUUUGGAUCUGUUUUUAUUAGGAUAAGGGCUAAGGUUCUCAUGGAAGAGAAAUCUCACUCAUAGGCGUCCACGAAAAUGCCAAAGAAAGUUUUGCUAGCAUCUUGUACAGGUAGUCCUCGACUUACGACCACAAUCGAGCCCAAAUUUUAUGUUGCAAAGUGAGACCUUGGUUCGGCGAGUUCUGCCCCCCUUUUACGACCUUUCUCGCUGCGGUUGUUAAGGGAGUCAUUGCCACUUUUGAGCUACUAGUGGGGUUGUUGAGCGAAUCCUGGCUCCCCCACUGAGUUUGCUCAUCAGAAGGUCACAAAUGGGGAGGCUGCAACCGUCAUAAGUGUAAAACAUGGUCACAACCCACUUUUUUCAGGGAUGUCGUAACUGUUGUGGCUCCAGCCACCAUCACCCCCGGGCCUGGCCCCCUGCCAGAGAGUGACUCAGAGAGUGAGGGGGAAGGGCCGUCAGGGCUCCCCUCUGGCUCAGCUCCAGGAGCCAGAGGCAGGCCAGGUGGAAGAAGUAACGAGGCCUCUGUCUCCUGUAUCUCCCCCCCGCCCAGGAAACGCUUCCAGACCCAGCUGAGGACAAUCAGUCCUGGUUAGACCCUAGGUUUCGUAGACAAGAGAGGCGGGAACAACAGAAGCAGGGGUGGGGCAGGCCUAGAAAGUGCUGAGCCACCGAGCCACACCCCACAGGGUAUAAAAGCAGGAGGGGUUGCUCUACUACUUCGUGACGAACAAAUCAAACUGCCUGGAGAAAACUUGAGCUGAAGUGCUGUUUGUUGCUGACUUCCUGGUUGACACGCCUCCAUCAAGAAAGAUAACAGAAAACCUUGGCAGACGCUCGCUGGUUUGCUGUCAGAGCUGAUAGCUGCCAUGGACUCAAUUGCUGGCUAAUUGAGUCAUUUCUUGUGCCUCCCGGACUGAGGUGGGGGGACAGAACAGUAACGGUCACUAAACGAACAUUUGUGAGUCAAGGGCUACCUAUAUAUCCAAUGGUGCUCAGCUGUUAUAAGCCAUAAAUCAGAAAUUUUAUUAUUAUUCCAUGCCAACCGUGUGUCCGUUGUGAGGAAAACUGCCUCUGUCCAUGGAGGAUCCAUUUAGCUGUGAAUAAGGACAGUUGUCCUCAUUUAGUGACCGCAAUGGAGACCUGGCGACUUGGUCAUUAAAGCGAAACGGUCAGCAAAUCCGUAGCCGCUGACCCUCUCAUUCCAACUUUUGCUUUACGGACCUGCGAAGGUUCCGAGUACGAGAGCAGCUCACAAAAUUUACAGUUUCCAAAUUACGUAUCGGACGCAAAAUGAGGCAGUCGCUAAAUGAGGACCUGUUGUGUGUUUUUUUUUCUUUUAUAUGCCAGUCCUAGCCUUUUCUGAGCGAUCUGCUCGUAGCAAAUCGGUUCUUUGAAAUCUUCGGCUGCUUCACGUGGAUCAGGGAAGCGAUUUGCAGAAGGCGAAUUCUCGAGACAAAGGGGGGGAUUUUAUUUUCUGUUAUGCUUUUUAUGGCGGGAUAUUUUUUUUAUUGGUUUAAAAACAAAAAAGAAUAAAUAACACCGAAUAAA